AUGUCCAAGGUUACGUUACCCCAAGACUUUGAGACCCGGCUCUUUAUCUCGAAUGAGUUUGUGGUAUCCAAGUCGGCGGACCGCCUCCGCGUUAUCAAUCCUAGGACCGGCGAGGUUGUCACAUCUAAUGUCCACGUUGCAGGAGCAGAAGAUGUCGAAUUGGCAGUAGUAGCAGCCAAAGAGGCCUUUGAGAAUGGACCCUGGUCUACUAUGUCCGGAAGUAGACGAGGCAAGUUGCUGUGGCAGCUUGCCGACCUGAUGGAAGCCAACGGCGCUGAGUUAGCUGGUCUCGAAUCCCUGUCAAUGGGCUCUUCUCCUGUUCUGGGCCAAGCUAUGGUAAUCAAGAAUGCCGUAGACGUGUUUCGGUACUAUGCUGGCUGGGCAGAUAAGCUCUCGGGUGAAAGUUUCCCACCGGAGGAUGGUUUAAUGAAAAUCGUCAAGCAUGAGCCGAUCGGCGUCUGCACUGCCAUAUGCGCUUGGAACGCCUCCUUGAUGGCCUUCGCGUGGAAGGCCGCUCCAGCUCUAGCGGUAGGGAAUACAGUUAUUCUCAAAUCAUCGGAGAAGUCUCCUCUGGGUUUCUUAGGUAUCGCCAAACUAAUUCCUACGGCUGGAUUCCCUCCUGGAGUAGUACAAUUCCUGAGCGGAGCGGCUGAGACGGGGAAAGCGCUUGCCCUGCAUCCAUACAUUCGCAAGAUCACGUUCACUGGGUCAGGCUCUGCCGGCCGUAAGAUACUAGAGGCUGCAUCCAAGAGUAAUCUCAAGAAGGUGACACUUGAACUUGGGGGAAAGUCCCCGGCUAUUAUGCUGACUUUGACAAUGCUCUUAAAUGGCAAGGCGCCUAACUGUGAUUACACCCGAAAAGCCACUUGGGCUAAUUUCUAUGCUAGGUGUUCCUCGGCAAUUCUAGUAAAUGCCGGCCAAGUCUGCGCUACAACAAGCCGCUUGUACAUCCACAACAGUAUCGCCCCUCAGUUUAUCGAAGGUUUAAAGGGAAUAUAUCGCGCUGCCGCCGAAAAGAUGGGCCCAGGUGACGGGCCCAUGGGUGUCCCCCCCGUGGCUGAUGAGCAGCAGUUUCGAAAUAUUCUUUUCUACAUCGAGUCCGGCAAGGAGACUGCUGAGCUGAUCGUUGGUGGAGCCUCAAAGGAUUACAAGGGGUUCUGGAUUGAGCCCACUGUUUUCCUAGAACCUUCAGACGAUGCAGCUAUCUAUAAGGAGGAGAUCUUUGGCCCUGUGCUGACUGUGAAAGUUUUCAAGGAUGAGGAUCAAGUCAUUGGAUGGGCUAAUGAGUCGGAGUAUGGCCUAGCUGCAUCCAUUUUCACGAAAGACAUUGAACGGGCCCUGCGCAUUGCAGAUCAGAUCAAGGCUGGCACGGUUUCCAUUAACAGCGGGCCUCUACCAAGUGUCAAUACGCCCGUUGGCGGCACGAAACAGAGCGGUUGGGGACGAGAGCUUGGAAAAUAUGCGCUUGAUGAAUUCACAGAGACUAAGUCCAUUCUGAUUAAAAUAGGUCCCACCCCUUUCGAUUAA